UCCAUCGUUGUUGUGAUGCUAGUCACCCUGCAGGUGCAGGCGGCCUCCUACGUUCCAGACUCGGAUCGGGAUACCCGGACGCUCCAGAAUGAGCUGCAGGUGGAGCGGGAUGGCAAUUACCGGUACGCCUACGAGACCUCCAACGGCAUUUCCGCCUCGCAGGCCGGCUUGGGCGGCGUUUCCGUUCAGGGUGGAUCCAGCUACACCUCGCCCGAAGGCGAGGUGAUCAGUGUGAACUACGUGGCCGAUGAGUACGGAUACCAUCCGGUGGGCCAGCACAUUCCCCAAGUGCCGGACUACAUCCUGCGCGCUUUGGAGUACAUCAGAACGCAUCCCUACCAGGUGAAGGACUACUACACCGGGGAGCUCAAGACGGUGGAGCACGACGCGGCCGCCUUUAAUGUGUACACCCGCAACUUCCAGGAGGCCACCACUCCGCGCUCCCGCCCCAGCACCACCCCCAAGACCAUCUACCUGACCCACCCGCCCACGACAACGCUGCGACCUCUGCGCUAGAGACGGAGCUACUCGCGACAUUGAUGACUGAUGGCCGGGCGUCGCUAUUGUCACUUGGCGGGUCAGGGGCCGGUCUCCUACCAAACCACCGUGCGAAUCUGUGAAUUUUGAUCUAAACAAUUAAUUAAGCCACCAACAAUAAAUAGAAGUGUUAAGCAAACGUAAGCUAAAGUGUGAAGAUGAACAAAAUAGACGGUCUUUGUUAGCCAACC